CAAUCACGACCGUCUAUCUCUUCAAAAUCACUCGGAAUACACAAUCGAUAUCUACCAAAUGGGAAAACCCAAUCCUGAUGAAAAGAUUCUCAGCUACAAUGAUGUUGUACUCAGACGAUCAGACUUGGAUAUCCUCAGUGGCCCGUAUUUUCUCAAUGAUCGACUCAUCGAGUUUUAUUUCAGUCACCUGUCAUCAUGCUCUGAGGAGAUAUUACUCAUUGCACCUUCAAUUGCAUUCUGGAUGAUGAAUGCGGUUGGUCAAGGCCUCCACGAGUUCCUGGUACUUCUUAAUUUGCCUGAUAAAAAACUGGUAAUCUUUCCAGUCAAUGACAAUGAGGAUGUGAGUGAAGCUGGAGGUGGAUCUCACUGGAGCCUACUUGCAUUUGAGAGAGAUUCUAACGUCUUUGUUCAUCAUGAUAGCAAUGGAGGGAUGAAUAGAAGGCACGCUAAAAAACUGUAUGAUGCGGUUGUUGACUUCAUGAGUGUCUCCAGUUCAGCAACUAAGCCCACUUAUCAAGAGUGUAGUGAUUCACCGCAAAAAGUAAACGGUUAUGAUUGUGGCUUGUUUGUGUUGGCUAUUGCAAGGGUUAUAUGCAGUUGGUACGGAAGUAAAGACAAAGGUGAGCAGACUUUGUGGUUCCAUGCUGUGCGCGAGCAGGUCACUCCAUCUGUUGUUGCUGCAAUGCGAAACGAAAUCCUGGAGCUGAUAAGAGGUCUCAUGCCCGUGAAGUGAAGUUUGCCUACAAAGUGAGAGUCGAUGAAGAAGAGAAGCAAGAUCCGCAAGCUCAAUCACACCUCCUAUGCGGCAUUCGACCCCGAGCUCGGCAGCAGCGGCGAGGACGGCGGCUUGUUGUCCUGAAAUGUGGAAACGGCAGCGUCAGGGUUCCAGUUGUGGGAUUCAACGAAGAAGAGGGCUUCUUGCUUCAAAGCAAAUAUGAUCUCGCAGGAGGAGCUGACGAUGGCAUCGUUUUGGGAAUUGGAUUCUUGAGCUUCGACUUCCAUGACGAUUAGGAUUGUUCAGUGCUCUCCGUCCAUGCUUUUCAUUGUUCUCUUCCUCUUCUACUAUUGUUGUAUGAUGAUGUUGUUGAGCCUGGAAGUUGCUGGCGAUGAACAAGGCCUUGAAGAGGAAAAGAUUGCUCCGGCGAUGAAGUUGUAACUCAGGUCGAGCGUUCUCAGGUUGCUUAACUGUCCCCUCCUUCUGCCUUCUCCUCCGUCUCUUGCCUCGCAGCUGCCACCAACUUCAAAGACCGCUGUCAAACGACUAGCCGGCCAAGAAGCUCUUCCUUAAACUCCAGCUUCUCCGUCCGUCUUCGUCCUUCCCUACAAAAUCCCUCAGCCAAGCAUCCUAAUUUAUACAAAAAAAAAAAAAAAAAAAAAAAAAAAAA